AUGAAAGAUAUUAGAAAGAAGACCGAAGUCUGGGACUCGCUUAUUCAAAGUAGUAGAAAACAAACCGAAGCAAACUCCAAAUCUAUUGCUGCUUUAGAAAGACAAGUGGGUCAACUUGCUGAGCAAUUGGGAAGGAGAGAAGAUAGGAGGCUUCCAAGCUACACAGAUUUAAAUCAAGCACACAAGCCUCAAAGUCAGGGACAUGUAAACAUGAUUAGCUCACUUCGGAAUGGUAAAGUGUAUGACAACAAGAUUCAGAUCCUAGACAUGCCUAGAAACAGGUAUGAUCAAGCUAAGUUUUCUUUUUCUAGUAAUAAUGAUGAUGAUUUGGAAAAUGAUGACGGGUUUCCAUUUAAAAAUGGGGAGGGUAAUGAAAAUCAUGAAACUUUUGUGAAACCUCCCACUCAGCCCAAAGUUGGGGAAGAUGAUGUGGAUGUUAACUCCACACCGUUCCCUACAGCUUUAAAGGCACCGGUCUCCUCUCCUUAUGGGAAGAAAGGACCAAAAUCUGAUGAUAUGUGGGAAAUUUUCAAACAAGCGUUGACGGAUUUUUGUACAAGCAUCAAUAUACUUCCAUCUAGUCUAGUUGAUCGGUAUGAGUUAGGUUCUUUAAAACAAACUGAUAUUAUUAUUCAACUCGCCGAUCGGUCAACAAGGAUUCCAAGAGGUAUUUUAGAGGAUGUGAUUGUGAAAGUAGAGGAUUUUUAUUAUCCUGUUGAUUUUAUCGUGAUGGAUAAUGAGGCAUCGUAUAGGGAUACCCCACCACCAAUCAUUUUGGGUCGUCCAUUAUUGGUUACAAUUGAUGCACGCAUUAAUUGUCGAACAGGGGUCAUGGAUAUUUCUUUUAGUAAUAAGAAGCUAAGAAUCAAUAUUUUUAAUACAUUAUCGGCUUCUAUUACUAAUGAUUGUUAUGCUAUUGAUGCUAUUGAUGAAUAG